AUGUCAUCCAUCGCAUCUCAACAGCAGCAGCAGCAGCAGCAGCAGCAGCAGCAACAUCAACAGCAAAAUCCUCAAUCCAAGAACUUACCCCAGUUAGGGCUUCUGGAGGAAGACGAUGAAUUUGAAGAAUUUGCCGCUGAAGAUUGGGCCGACGCCGACGAGGAUAAAGAAGAUGCCCACUUUUGGGAAGAUAACUGGGACGACGACGAUGUUGAAGACGACUUUUCAAAACAGUUACGAGCUGAAUUAGAAAAGACAUCCUCGGCCAUGAAAAUGUAA